AUGGCGCGGAGCUCGCUCUCCUCGCGCUUCCGCCGCCUGGACAUCGACCAGUUCGACGAGAACCGCUUCGUGGAGGAGCCCGACGGCGCCGAGGCCGGGAGCGGGGCCGGCGCGGCGGAGGGCAACGGAGGAGGGCCCGGCCCGGAGGUGGAAGCGGCGCUGCGGCAAUAUCUUUUCGGGGACUUGCUCCGAGCCUUCCACGCAGCUUUACGGAACUCUCCUGGGAACACCAAGAACCCAGGUGCAAAGGAGCAGGCCCAGGAAGUGGUGCUGAAAGUCCUGACGUCCUUCAAGAGCAGCGAGAUCGAGCAGGCGGUCAAUUCCUUGGACAGCAGCGGCAUCGACUUGUUGAUGAAGUACAUUUACAAAGGGUUUGAAAAGCCGACGGAAAACAGCAGCGCUAUUCUACUUCAGUGGCACGAAAAGGCCCUGGCGAUAGGAGGACUCGGCUCAAUAGUCAGGGUUCUCACCGCGCGGAAGACGGUCUAAAAAGCCGGGGACCCGGGACGCCAAGAACGACUUUGGGAGCCGGGAAGUGCCUCCACAUUUUGGUUACUCCUCUGGGGACCGGCAGCCUCCCACCGAAACGCAACCGGGAGAAGGAAGCACUCUCUUCUCUUUCCCCUGGAGGCACCGGAAGAAGCGGAUGUCCUCGUUUUCCGACUGACUGGACUUGCCGCCGGGAGGGGGAGACAGCCUGCGAUUUGUGGCUGCCGUUGCUGCUCUGGCCCGCUGAAUGUGUGCGCGUGUGUAUGUGUGUGAAACUUUUAAUUUAAACGUGAACACACGUUUGCGGUGUCCGGGGAAGGUGGCGUGGGGAAGGGAUGGUAGCUACGGUGUGAGAAGCAAAACGUCGGCCCGGUUUGGGGGUGUUAAAGGGAAGGAAGGCGUUGUUAAGCCAGUGGGCCUUUUUUUUUUUUUGUACAUAGUUUAAGAAUUGCUGGGCUCGGCGCGGAUGUCGGUUUCUUGUAAAGUGCCUGCUACUCUUUAAUUCAAAUAAAGUUCUUGGAGGGUUAGUUUAAACCA